CGGGCGCUCAGUCGAGCGCAAGCCCCACUGCGCGAUUGCUGCCGUUUGCGCCUCCUCUUCCCCUCCUCCCGCCUCGCCCUAAAGGAGGACGAGCAGAGAUCCAGGCUCGGGCUGGUUUAUUCUGCGGCCGGGGAUUAUAUUUAUUUGCAAUCGUCUCACUCGCCAGAUUUUCCACUCGGGCGCAGGCAUAGGAGGGCUGUUUUCCAAAUUACUGUCUUUAAUUGCACCUGCCUUUCAGAUUACCUCUGGGAAUCGGUGGGAGGAGCCGAGAGGGUGUAAAAUGUUGCUUCGCUUUGCAAAAGGAAGAAAACUUUGUCACCCAGCGGGAGACCUCUGCCACGAGUAACCCGGAGAGAGACCAGAACCAGGAGAGACUUUGGCUUUGAUUUUGCAUCGAUGAGCCCGUAGGAGGAAGAGGACACGUGAGCUCAGCGCUCGCGCCGACCGCCAUCCCGCCCGGGUGGCGGCGGCCCGAGGUACCCACCUUCCCUCCCCGAGGAAGUCCCCACGCGGCGUCUCAAGGGGGAAGGUAGUACUAAAGAGCACGCGGCUCGAGGCCGACGGCAGGACCUCAUUCCGGGAACGGGUCACCCGGAAUUAACUUCUGGUUAAAGUUAUGGGAAGCGCGGCCAUGGACACCAAGAAGAAGAAAGAUGUUUCCAGCCCCGGCGGGAGCAGCGGCAAGAAAAACCCCAGUCAGAAAAGGCGUUCGCUGCGAGUGCACAUUCCGGACCUGAGCUCCUUUGCCAUGCCGCUCCUGGAUGGAGACCUGGAGAGUUCGGAAAAGCAUUCUUCUCGUAAGGUGGACAGCCCCUUCAGUUCGGGCAGCCCCUCCAGAGGGUUCUUCUCCAGAGGCCCCCAGCACCGGCCCUCCAGCCCCGUGUCUGCUCCCGGGAGGCCCAAGACCAGCCCUGGCUCUCCCAAAACCGCGUUCCCAUUCUCCUCCCAGGAGUCCCCCCCGCGCUCCCCACGCCGCAUGAGCUUCAGCGGGAUCUUCCGCUCCUCCUCCAAAGAGUCUUCCCCCAACUCCAACCCGUCUACCUCGCCGGGGGGCAUCAGGUUCUUCUCCCGCUCCAGAAAAACUUCAGGCCACUCUUGCUCUCCAUCGACACCCACCCCAGUGGCCAAGCAGCACACGUUUCCUCUCGAGUCCUAUAAGCAUGAGCCUGAGCGACUGGAAAACCGCGUCUAUGCCACCUCUUCCCCUCCGGACAUGGGCCAGAGGUACUGCCCGUCCUCCUUCCCGAGUGCAGCCAGGCCUCCUUCAGCAUCCUCGGUGCCCUGCGCAACCUCCAAAGCCGCGGCGCUGGCGGCGGCCCCGGGACCCGCGGAAGCCGGCAUGCUGGAGAAAUUCGACUUGGAAGAAGAAGCAGAAGACUCAGAAAGUGGUGUUUACAUGCGAUUCAUGAGGUCGCACAAGUGUUACGACAUCGUUCCAACCAGUUCAAAGCUUGUCGUCUUUGAUACCACAUUACAAGUUAAAAAAGCCUUCUUUGCAUUAGUAGCCAAUGGUGUUCGAGCAGCACCACUGUGGGAGAGUAAAAAACAAAGUUUUGUAGGCAUGCUAACGAUUACAGAUUUCAUAAAUAUACUACAUAGAUAUUAUAAAUCACCCAUGAUGUCUGAUAUGCCAAAGCCUGCCUUCAUGAAGCAGAACCUGGCUGCCCUUGGCAUCGGGACGUACCACAACAUCGCCUUCAUUCACCCGGACACGCCCAUCAUCAAAGCCCUGAAUGUCUUUGUAGAAAGACGCGUGUCAGCCUUGCCUGUUGUGGACGAGUCAGGAAAAGUUGUAGAUAUUUAUUCCAAAUUUGAUGUAAUUAACCUUGCUGCUGAAAAAACAUACAAUAACCUAGAUAUCACAGUGACCCAGGCCCUUCAGCACCGUUCGCAGUAUUUCGAGGGUGUGGUGAAGUGCAGUAAGCUGGAGAUACUGGAGACCAUCGUGGACAGGAUAGUGAGAGCUGAGGUGAGGCGGCUGGGCCAGGCGUGUUCCCCCACCACCACCACCACCCCCUGCCCUGAUGGCGCCACGGAAAUUGUGAACCACAUGGCAGGCCAGGGGGCAGCCCUCAAGUUCAGGUGCAUGGCCCGGUGUCCCUCUUCUGCAACCUGGCACAUCACUUGGCAUGUAGGUCAUCCGUAAAUGUUCACUGCGUUU